UUUUUUUUUGUUUUUUGAAGCUUCGCUUAUAAUUUUAACUAAGUUUUCAAUAUUUAUCAGUUGAAUGGGUUUAUCAGUAGAUGAAUGGACUCUGGUUAUUCGACAUGGAAGCAAAGGACGUCGAUUUAAGACUUUCUCUUCUACUUUAAAAUGCAAGGCAAUACUUAACACAACCCACAAGUCCAAUAAUGACAACAAAACUUCUCUUGACUAUUUGUCUACAAUUGUUACAAAAUUUAAAAAUAAUUUUCCAGAGUCUUUCAAGUUUGUUUUUUAA